CCCUCCCUCCCGGGCUGGGAGACCGCGGGUGGCGCAGGAAGGACGGGGCGGCCCGCGCCCUCCACUCAGGCAGCCAGUGUGUGGACCAGGCAGUAGGGCACGGGGUGUGCCCACAGGCCCAGCACCCAGAAAACACCCAGCACACGGUCCCUUUCACAGUGGCUGCUGCUCUCAGGAAGGUGGAAAGCUCCAGCUGGACAUGAGGGGCAGAGCCAUGACCCUCCCUCUGCCCAAGAGAAACUCUCUCCAUCCAGGUGGACCUGGGCUUUUCCAGAAGAGGUUGCAGGGUGUGCAGGCUGCCAGGAAAGGAGGCCAAGACUGGAGGAUGGCUUGAGGCCAGGAGUUCGCAACCUGGGCAACAUGGCGAGAACCCAUCUCUACAAAAUAAAAUACUAGCCAAGGGUGAUGGUGUGUGCCUGUAUUCCCAGCUACUCAGGAGGCUGAGUUAGGAGGGUUGCUUGAGCCCAGGAGUUCAAGGCUGCAGUGAGCUGUGAUCGCACCGCUGCACUCCAGCCUGGCCAGCAGAGUGAGACCCUGUCUCUAAAAAUAAAAAUAAACAUAUUUUUUUAAAUGAGGCCCUUCUGGAGGGAUGGAGGGGCUAGAGUUACAGGAGCAGAAAGGAACGGGAUAAAGGAAUCCGGAAGCACCGUGUGCAUUUAUUCUUACCUUGUGCCACUGCCCGGUGCUGCGGCAUAGAGGGAUGGGCUGCCCCUGCUCCUUAGAAUGCACAGCCCCAUGGCAGGGCAGGGUGAUUGGAAUUACAUCAUGAUCUGUAAUUACAUAUUUGUCUGCAUGAAGAAAAAAGUACUGGGUUUUCCCAGUCAGUGGAGUCAGGAGCCCAGAGCCAACCAGGAGUGAGCGAGGAGGAGGGUGGCACACCCAGGGUGGAAGAGUGUCCAGUGUGCAGCCUUGCAAAGGCCCUGGGGCCCGAGGCACAUCCUCCUAAGGCCGUGAGAGCUGAUGAGGCAGAGCUGGUGAGCAGCAAGGGAUGGCCAGGCCAAGGGUCCAGGGGUGGCAGUGGCUCCGGCUUCUUGGGAGAAGGGUUACGUGUUGGUGAGGGUGCACCUCCAGAGGUUCCAGGAGUGGUGAAGGGCUGCUGUGGGAUGAGGGAUGGUGUUGGCACCUUGGACUAGGGUGGAGACCUUGGGGUAUCAGCCCCCAGUCAGCCGGCCCCGCUGCGGGGAGGGAGGCUGGAAAAGGACUCUGGGUUUCUGCUGUGAGCAACCCCAUGGGGAUGCUUCGUUCAGAGGGUCUGGAGCUGCAUUUGAACUUGGUGGCCACUGAAACCCCAGUGCUUAGAGAUCAGGUAGAAAAGAAAAGGGGAAGAGGAUGGGGGGGAAAGAGAUGGGAGAGGAGUGAGGGAAACCUCGGGGAGGCCAUGGUCAGGGGCGGCACAGGAGAGGAGCAGGGUCAUGGGACUCAGCCCUGAGCCCAGCCGGUUCCCCGAGGACACUGGACCUUAAAGACACAAAGACGUGACCCAUGCAUGUUCACAGAUCAGCGGGGAGCAUGCAGAGCAUUGGGGAGGACAUCACCUUCCCAAGUGAGGGUGUCCUGGAGAGUGGCACAAGGUCUGCUGGGCUAGACUGGACCUAGCAAGAGAGCCUGAGCCUGGAGGGUCCCCCUGACCCCCCUCUAUCACUUCAGCUUCAGCUCUGAAGCCGCCGCCAGAACCAUGUGCCUAUUCUUCCUAAGUUUGCUCUCCCUGGCAGAGGGAAAGACGGGAGGUCCACAGAUUACCUUGUCUGUUGAACGCAAGAUGCUACCAGUGGGGACCCAUGUACAGACAGAAAGCCAGACCCAGCCUGGGGUGGGCACAGCUCAUGACACCCGCCGAAGCUACACAGGGAGGAAGGCAGGCAGGCAGCACAGUCAAAACUGUGUUGUUUGAUGACUCAGACGGUCCUCUGCCUGGGAUUGGCAGGGGCCCAAGGAGUCUCCCCAUCUAACUCGCCACCUCCUCCCACAUCCCACGCAACUCCACCCCACACCGGCAAGGAAGCCAGGGCAUCACUUGACCUUCCGCUACGUCAGUCUCCACAUCUCACCGCCCCCAUCCCUACCUCUCUGGUGCCCUGAGGAAUAAGGAGGAGUGAUGACUGUGACCUCAGGCUGGAGUCAGAGCAGACCCUGCCGCUGCCGGACCUACAGUUGAGGAGCUGCACCAAUUUCUGGGGAGGCCACGGACGGGGCCCCGGGGUCUCAGGCGACCUGUCUUGUCUAUCCCACUUCGUUUCUCUCUUUCCUUAAAAUUGAAGUUUUGGAGCAAAGCCAGCUGGAGCUGUGCACCUGGGGGUCCCCCUCCUCCAACCUGACACCCAGUCACAGCAAUCGCUAAAGAAACGGCCACACUUGGGCACAGGGUGGGCCCCGCUGAGCUUCUCUAAACCCAGCCCGUCUUCAGCAGGCCCCUGAGCUAACCCUAACCCUACCCCACACCCACUGAAGCUCACCUGGGGCUUGGCAAGCAUCCCUAGAAAUCAGAAGCCUGCCCCUAAGUCUGCUGGCUUCUGGCUCUCCGUUGCUAUGGUGACACCCAGCCCCCCAGCUACAGAUCCCGCCAAAUCUUCCCUCCCGUUUUGCAAGAAACAAUAUUUUUCUGCUCCACAGACUUGGCGGGACCCUGGCUUUCCCCGAGUCCAUGAGGAACCCCACGGGUUCCUUGUCCUGGAAUCUCCAGCUCUCAUCCCUUAAGCGCCUCCACAAGCAGGGUUUCCACAGGGUGGGGCGGGGGGUGGGGCAAGCGUAGCCAACCUCCUGUGCAGAGCUUGGAGAUGGAGGCUUCUCCCCAGAUGAGGCUGGCCUUCAGCCCCCGCCCCCUGCCCCACUCACAUGGGGACUCCCUUUGUGUUUUUCCACAUCUGAGAGCCACUGACAUUUCUUAGAUGACGUUUACUGCACUUGGUGCAUGUAAGUAUUGUUCUGUAGCACCUGUGAGAGCAUUAGUUUCUGGCUCAAUGCACUUCCUCCCGGCAUGCGUGAAAACAUAAAUACCAAGACACACGUGACUGUUCAGACCCCACCUGAAAACAUUCCACGUCCCACCAGGAGCCAGCACAGCCCCUGGCCCCCUGCCAGGUGAUGCUACCCCGUGGCAGCUGCAGUGCUGAUGAACCUCUGUUUGAGAUCACUGUCUGGCUACCAAGGUGGCCACGUCACCAAGGCAGCCACGUCAGUUCUCAUGGCUCCUCCCAAACUCUCAGGAGCAUGGAGAACCCUGGGCGUUGAUGGCGGGUGACAGGAAGCACCCAGCACUUUCCUCUCCCAGGCCUUCCCAGCACCAUUCCACCUUCAACCUUUAUACCUCAAGGCCAGACAAGGACUCCCACUGCCGACCCAGGCCCCACGUCUUCAUUUCCGUUGCUCUCACAAACACUCCCUCACACCCUCUCCAUGGUGAAGGGAAAUGUCCCCGAAGGGGCCUGUGUCUGGGUUCCUGCCUGGUCAGCUGCCAUGUCCCCUGCCUCGGAGAUGGGCCCAGAGAUGAUGGGCCCGCUGAGGGGCAGGCGUUGGAAAAGCCAGGAAGAGAGAGGCUGGGAGCCAUUCUUCCGGCUGCAGCAGUUUUCGGCCUGUCCUUGUCCCCACACGAGCCCCAGUGGCUGCGAGUCCCACCCUCACCACCUGACAUGUGACGGUAUCAAAGCCAUUGGGCAGAAACGGUUGCCUUUCGGUGCCAAUAAAGGCGGCCUUGGUCCCCACCAUAAAUGGUUUCUGUGUGGAGUGAGACUGUGCCUGUCCCGGGCCUAACCCCCCAAGGGCCAGAGAGUCGAAAUUAGAUCAGUGGGGAGAGAUUUUUACAACCUAUGGGCUGGUGGCAAGUGGUGGCAAACCGUCCCCACGGGGCCACAAUGGGGCAUUGUUCACGGCCUCACCUGGGCUGUCUCCAGCACCCCAGGAUUUACGAGGAUUCAAGGAUUCGGCCCAGAGCCUCGAUGCAGCCUCCAGGCAGACUUGGUGGAGGGAGGGGUGUGGGGGAGGCCCCGUGAAGAGGAGGAUAGUGCUGGGGGCUGGGCCAGGCAGAGGCCAGGCGGAGUGCUGGCUCCAGCCCCCAGCUCUCCAGCGACAGGCAGCCAGGAACAGGCCCCAACAUGCCUGCAGACCAAGCGGGUCAUAUUUUGAAUGAGCCCUCAUGUUCUGUGUCCCCCACUGCGCAGCCAUACCUGUGCCCAGCAGGGCCAGGAGGCCAAAGACAACUUUCCCUUGGGUUUUCGGUGAUGCCAGCUCCAGCUGCUGUGUCAUCGAGGUCAGGCUUGGCUGGCCUCUUCCUCACAGACCUACUGAAGCCCCCCGAGCACCUGUGGCUGUGCCAGCCCUGCACCUCCUGGCCACAUGCCCACCACCCUUGCUCGGGAGCCCUAGGGCCCUUUCCCCAUGAGCAUGUGGCCGCCUUCUUGUAGGUCUAGAAGGUUCUUUGCCUUCUCUGUGCCACAGGGCCCUUCACAGUGUGGCCUGACCCCUCCUCUUCCCCCAGGCCCCGUACUUCCUCCAUUCUGACCCUUGCCAGGCAUGCAGGGCCCUUCUACAGCCCCCUGCCUAUACCUGCACUCCCUCCCCUGGGAGCCUGCCUUGCCCUGACCACACGGCCUUUAGCACCCAGUUUGAGUGUCCCAUCCUGUGAAGCCAGCUGGUUCCUCCAGGCACAGGGGAUGCCUCCCCACUUUGGGCACCUGCCCUUCGCCCUGCACCAGCCUCCGGGUCAGCCCAGGUAGUUCGGGCUACUCAGGGUUACAGCCAACCAAGGGCACCAUGGUGGGCAGACGCAGCCUUUUUCCAGGCCAAGUUCAGCCCUCUCACCCCCACAGGGGACCCGAUUGCACAGCCAUCCACAGCGGGCAUGGGACAAUGCUAAAGGGGUGUCCCUCCUCAACCCUGAGAACAACCUCUUUCCGCACCUUCAGUGUCCCCACCUGUGGCCCAGGCCGAUGCAAGCCUGUGUGGUGCAAACCCACGUGGCAGUCCAGAACCAGAGAAUGGCUGUCUACAAGGAAGGGGCUGGACCGUCCAUGCCCCGGGUUCCCUCCACCCUCACCGUUCUGGUCACCUCCUUACGGCUUGGCAUCAGAAGGGCUUGGAGAAGACUCCUCAGCCCCCUCUACAGACCCAGCCAGUUGUCCACCACCUGGGGGUGUGCCCAGUGCCCAGAACUCACCGACCCAUGGUCAUCUGAGCUGUUCCUACAAAAAGCUUCCUAGGGAUAUUCAGCUGUCUGUAGGGCCUCCUCACUGGGGUCACCUUAAAAAUAGCUGUAGAGGGGUUUGUGGCAGCAGCAGCAGGCAUUUUUAAACUAAUUCAUUGGUAAUGGCAAAAUUAUGCCGAGUUCCCUGAAAAAAAAAUACCCACUCUAUUUCCUCAUUAACAUAAUUGCAAACAGAACGAAUCUUUCUUGAUUUCGUGUAAACAACAGCUUGAAAUAGUUUAUAAUCCUUGCAGGUAUCAAAUUAAGUUCUUACUUAUGGUCUGGAAAUUAAUUACCCUUGCAGCGAGACAAAUGUGAAAACUGUGUAUUUUUGACAAGAAAAUGAAGCAGCUAUUGGGGAAAAUGUAACUUAAUCGUAGCGGAGAAAAUUGUUUAUAAAUUGGUCGCGUUGUUUGAACUCUGGCCUCUGUGGCUCAGGGCUGGGUUGAUCUAUGCAUGUACAUUUGCCUAAUUUAGGACAGGGGAAGGGCUGGAGGAGCAGGGACAGGUCCGGGGAAGGAGAGGAAGAAGAGGAAGGAAGGCAGAGGGUGCCCACAUAGAGGAGCCCACCAGGAAGGGGGCAUAGACAAGAAUGCAGGUGCCGGGAGGCACUUACCUGGCAGGUGAAAUCUCAACAGGCACCUGCAAAGGAGGAGAAAGCACCUCCCAUGGUAACGAGAGAGAGGACACCAGGCCGAGGGGAUGGCAGAGCAAAGGGCCUCGGGCAAGCACUUGCCUGGAACAGAGAGGGAGCCAGUGUGUGCCUAUCAAAGUGAUAGAACUCUCAGAGGCAGACGGGGCUUGCACCCGGGGGGGCAGCGGUGCUCAGAUUCCACAUGGCUCUCCAUCCAUGGCGAGCCAGGAGGUCACUGUCAUGGUGACAACCAGCACUCUUUGGAAUGGACUGAAAUGGAAUGGGAUGUUUAACUUCUGUAGCUGUGCACUGGAAUAUGUGUGUGCAUGUGUUGUGUGUGGUGUGUAGUAUGCUUGCAUGCCUGGGCACAGUAUGUGUGUGCAUGUGUGGCGUGGUGUGUUUGUACAUGAGGGCGGGGUGUGUGUGCUGUUGUAUGUAUGUGUUUUCUAUGUGUGAGUGUGGCAUGUGUUAUAUCUGCAUGUGUCGUGUCUGUGUGGUGUUGAUGUGGGUGUGGUGUGUGUUGUGUCUGCAUGUGUCCUGUGUGUAGUGUUUAUGUGUCUGAAUGUGGUGUGUGUUCUAUCUGUAUUUGUUGUGUGAGUGUGGUGUGUGUUGUGUCUGCAUGUGUCCUGUGUGUGGUGUUUAUGUGUCUGAGUUUGGUGUGUGUUCUAUCUGUAUUUGUUGUGUGAGUGUGGUGUGUGUUGUGUCUGCAUGAAUUUGUGUGUGUGAUGUGUGUGAGUGUGGUGUGUGUUCUUUCUGCAUGUGUCAUGUAAGUGGGGUGUGUGUUGUGUCUGCAUGUGUUGUGUGUGUGUGGUGUUGACAUGUGUGAAUAUGGCAUGUGUUUGCAUGUGUCAUGUGUGUGGUGUUUAUGUGUGUGUGAUGUUGAUGUGGGUGAGUGUGGUGCGUGUUGUGUCUGCAUGUGUCGUGUGUGUGUGGUGUUGAUGUGGGUGAGUGUGGUGCGUGUUGUGUCUGCAUGUGUCGUGUCUGUGUGGUGUUGAUGUGGGUGAGUGUGGUGCGUGUUGUGUCUGCAUGUGUCGUGUCUGUGUGGUGUUGAUGUGGGUGAGUGUGGUGUGUGUUGUGUCUGCGUGUGUCGUGUCUGUGUGGUGUUGAUGUGGGUGAGUGUGGUGCGUGUUGUGUCUGCGUGUGUCGUGUCUGUGUGGUGUUGAUGUGGGUGAGUGUGGUGUGUGUUGUGUCUGCAUGUGUCGUGUCUGUGUGGUGUUGAUGUGGGUGUGGUGUGUGUUGUAUGUGCAUGUGUUGUGUCUGUGUGGUGUUGAUGUGGGUGUGGUGUGUGUUGUAUGUGCAUGUGUCGUGUGUGGUGUUGAUGUGGGUGAGUGUGGCGUGUGUUGUGACUGCAUGUGUCGUGUCUGUGUGGUGUUGAUGUGGGUGAGGUGUGUGUUGUAUGUGCAUGUGUCGUGUGUGAUGUUGAUGUGGGUGAGGUGUGUGUUGUAUGUGCAUGUGUCGUGUGUGAUGUUGAUGUGGGUGAGGUGUGUGUUGUAUGUGCAUGUGUCGUGUGUGAUGUUGAUGUGGGUGAGGUGUGUGUUGUAUGUGCAUGUGUCGUGUGUGAUGUUGAUGUGGGUGUGGUGUGUGUUGUAUGUGCAUGUGUCGUGUCUGUGUGGUGUUGAUGUGGGUGUGGUGUGUGUUGUAUGUGCAUGUGUCGUGUCUGUGUGGUGUUGAUGUGGGUGUGGUGUGUGUUGUAUGUGCAUGUGUCGUGUGUGGUGUUGAUAUGUGUGAGUGUGGUGCGUGUUGUGUCUGCAUGUGUUGUGUCUGUGUGGUGUUGAUGUGAGUGUGGCGUGUGUUGUGUCUGCAUGUGUCGUGUGUGUGUGGUGUUGAUGUGGGUGUGGUGUGUGUUGUGUCUGCAUGUGUCGUGUGUGGUGUUGAUAUGUGUGAGUGUGGUGUGUGUUGUAUGUGCAUGUGUCGUGUGUGGUGUUGAUAUCUGUGAGUGUGGCGUGUGUUGUGUCUGCAUUUGUCCUGUGUGUGUGGUGUUUAUAUGUAUGUGUUGUGUUGCUGUGUGUGACUGUGGUGUGUAUAUGUUGUAUCCAAGACAGCCAAAGGGACAGCGCACAGGCUCGAGCUCGAUGUCCAGGGAGCAGCAUCUGUGCCUCUGCAGGUGGUCACCAUUAUCCAUCCUGUUACAGCAAAUACCCUCCUCUGCAUUUUUUCCUUGUCUUUUAUUUUCCAGGAGUAGAAUUUCUGGGUGAGAAUCAGGAACAUUUAGAAGAGCUUCUCGGUAGAGCUGUACAGACUGGAAAUGAAUUGGCAGGCUACACAAGGGUUCCAGUCACAGGGCAGAGGGGUAUGUGUUUUCUGUGCCUGAGCUCCAAGAAUUCCACAUCCACCUGUCAGUCCUCAUACCUACCCGGGUGACCCCACUUUGAAGAUGCAGAAUUGAGGUUCGGAGAGGCCUGGAUAGCUGCCUGGGGGCGGGGGGUAGAAGCAUGGCGCCAGCUCAGCCACCCUUAGGUCUCCAGGCUCCCAGCCAAGGUCUCUGAUAAGGCUGCUGGGACUUGGGGGCUGUGAGCAGAUGCAGACGUUCUCAGUUCCCAGGGUUCUGGCCCUGCCCUGUCUCCAGAGCCCACAGCCCCGCCCAAGAGGCCCGGAGGUCGCAGAUCUGGGAUCCUUCCCCGCCACCUUCAAGAAGGGAAUAAAGCCACUUCCUGCUCCAUUCCAGUGGCCUGAGGGUGUGGGAAGGACAGAGGCCUCCCCCAGCAGGGUGACCCUGCAAAGAGGGGGCUGACAUCGGUUCCUGCUUCCUAACGAGCAGAGGCUGUAGAGGAGGUUUCCAGGGCCUUGGUGCAGGCAGCUGGGCCCAGACCCCUGGGCUAUCCUUGGCACCACUCCCAGCCCCCGCCAGCUGUGUAGCCUCUUUCUUCCCUACCCGACUCGCCCCACCUCCACCCAAACCUGGGUACUUUGCCUGCUUUGAGGCUGUAUAGGGUCCCGGGAGCCAGGAAAGGGGCCUGGGUCCCACACAGAGUUAGGUGGGGCUUACAGAACCCGGGGCCGGAGUGGUCAUGGCUAUGAAGAUUCCAAGCUUGAAGCGGAAAGGAUUUUGAUGCCAAGGUCCAAAGCCCGGCUUAUCAUUGGGCAAAUCUGGGCACCACACAUAGCCUCUCUGUGACUCAGUUUCCUCAGCCCUAAAGUAGGGGCUUGCUUGUGGGGAUUCAGGAGAUCCCGCUGAACACUGGAAGAACGCAUGCUGUCCCCUCAGUCACCGUCUGCCGUCGCCACUCCCCAAGUUAUGGGAGAAUUCAGCUGUGGUAGGAGCAGAGAACAGGAUGGCGCUGGGACAGGAGAAAAUGUGGCUGGAGGGCACUCGUGAAGAUGGCCUCAGAGCCCACACUGGAGAAUGUUUCAGAAGGGAUAGGGAGGUGGGAAACCAGGUGUGCCCAGGGUGGGGACACUGGUAAUAGGCUGUGCCAGAGCUGGUAACUGAAGCAAUGGAGGUGGGAGCAGGGCUGGGGCGGAGCCAGGCUGUGGCUUCCCGGAUGCUAGUGGCCCCGACCAGCUGGAGAUGGUGAAAGGGUAGAGGGCAGUCAGGUUUGGGGUGGGUCCAGUCCAGCCCCCUGGAGGCUCCCCAGUUCCAACAGGACACUGGGCUCCACAUCUGCAGGCAGCCUGGUUUCUGACCCAGUCAGGAUGCCAGACCCUGCCCUGCGCCUGUGGAGGUGGGCACUCACCUGCUCUCGAAGUCCCCUCUAGCUCCCCAGCUUCCUGCUGGCCAGUUGUAUUGACCGGCUCAGUGGCAAAAGCUGCAGAGCAGGGGACUUAGGCCAGAGAAGUGUAUUUCUGAGGGUUCUGGACGCUGGAAGUCCAAGAGCGAGGUUAUGGCGGGGUUGGUUCCUGAGGAGGACAACUUCUGGGCUCACAGGCUGGCCUUUCCUCCACACUCACACAGCCCUGGGGCUGCUGCCUUCUCUUGUAAGGAUGUGAAUCCUGUGGGAGCAAGGCCUGUGCUCAGUCUCCUUUCAUCUUAAUCACCUAAAGGCCUCACCUCCAAACACAGUCACACUGUGGGUUGGGGUUUCAACAUGUGAAGUUGGACCUUGGCACAGUCACAGUUCAGUUUAUGGCACACGUUCUCCUCCCGGGUGCUGGAGCCUAGGGAGAUGCCCGUCCCAUGCUGAGAGGCAAGAGGUGAGGGAGGGGAGAGCCAUGGAGGGUGUCCUUGCCACUCAGGGCCGCGCCAACUGCCUGCACCAGGGAAGACCAGCAGUGACAGGGAUGGUGUCCCCGCAACACUGGGGUGACGAUGCCUCCUCCCUUAGCCUUCUGGGCAGCACACAGACCUCAGAAGACUGGAACCCUGGGGAGGCCCCAGCACAGAAAGAGCCAGAGCAGGGUCUGGGGCCUUUGACUCCAGUGGGGGGGGGACGGGGAGCUUCAUAUUCUCUGUGGCUGGAGGUGAACUCACCAGCUGCCGGGCAAAGCUCAGUGGGCAUGUUCAUCCCGACUCACACCCACUGGCCCAGGACGUGCUGAGGGUGCCAGGGCCUGUCCACCCUCCACUCCCCUUUUCCAGGGGUCAGGUAGGGGGAGGCCAGAGGGUGCCCAGCGCCAGCCACACCCACCUCCUGACAAUGCUGAGCCCACCUGGUCUGCCAGCUGUCGCCUCUCUCCUCACAGUGAUAGUGCCGGCUUUGGGGGCAGCAGGAUGAGGGUUCAGCCCUGGCUCCAGCCCUGUGCCCAGCUGGCAGCACUGGGGGCACUGGCACAGCCUCCCAGCUCUUGUCAGUGUUAACUAUCAUCCCAAGGGGGCCACUGAGGCAGCAGGGAACCUGCCCUGCAGUGUGCUGUCCUCGGGUGCAAGGGUUCUUUGUAGGCCUGCCCAGUGUCUGUUGGUGAAACCCCCUGGAGGCUCCGGGAGCUGGAGACCUGGGCUCGGUGCUGUCUCAUAAAGUCCUGCUCUCUCUCAUGACGUCCUGGUGACUGUGGCUCUGGCAGCCACCCUGACUCUCAGAUGACAGCCCAGUGCCCCCUGCUUCCCUGAGGUAUAGAGCCAGACCCCAAGUCUUAGAGGCGACAGGCACGGCAGACACUCAUUCUCCCAGGCACACCCUAGAUGGCACUCACUGGGGAACAGAGGGUGCCUGGGCGCCACAGGCAUGUCAGAGGGGCCAGGUCCAGAAAGCUGGCAUUUGCAGGAUGGGGUAUCCUGAGUACCACGAGCUAGAGGAGAGAAGCCACUGGACGCUCCCAGCCCUUGCUCCCAGCCCUUCACCCCAUAGUCCCGGGAAGGGGAAGCUGAGCGGCCACCCACCCCGAGCCACACCAUACCAGGUUUCCUCACUCAGCCCAGAAACCCCCAGCCACAGCAGACCCCACAGCACUACCUGCAAAGGCCAGGCUAGCCACCAAGGGGGGCAGCUAGACAGUGCCCCCACAGGGAAACACCUUGGCUCCACCUCACCACUCACAGGAGGUGGCCCUGGCCACUCUCUCAGAGCAGGAAGUGACAUAAAGGGGGAAGCGGCCAGGCAGGAGUGCCCAUCAGCCAGAAGGCUGAGGGAGCCAAUGGUGAGGGCAGAGUGACCAAGGGACUAGCCCUGAAAACCCAACCAGGCCCUCCACAGGUGUCUAGGAAAUGCCCUGGUUUUGCCAGAGGAACCUGGGACUGUCUGGAGAAUCCUCCCAAGGACUCGACCCCAGUUGGGAAGAAAUAGGGCCCUGGAGUCAGCAAGGGUUUCCUGGGGGCCCAGCUCAGCCCGGACAGUGGAAGGACUCAGCGAGGUGAGGAUGGAGCUUUGGGGGUGUUGCGGGUUCCCCUGGUGGGGGCAGGGCUCAUCAAGGUGAGGAUGGGGCCUGGGGGUGUGGCGGGUUCCCAGGGUGUGUAUAAGGUGAAAUUCCCUCUGGGCCAUGGUGCCCCCUGGGCUCUGGAGAAUGCACCUGUGUUCCCAGGAGCUUUCAUGUACCCAGGUAGCAUGGUGGGGAGCAGGAGCCAGUUGUUCCCAAACCCCGCCCCUCACCCCUGCAGGCCCCUCAUCACUGGCAACGCUGGGGGUGAUGGGGCUCCAGAGGUACCCGCCAGGACUGGGGACACAAGCCCAGGCCUGUGCUGUCUGCAGCCCCAUCUCCAGGUCCCAUCCUGCCCCAGCCUGCCCACCCCCAGCCUGUCCCCCAGAUGCCCAGGGCUGCGGCCUGCCCAGACUUGCCAGGGAGCUCCUGGGCCCUUCUUUCUCCUGGCCUCUCAGCAGCACUCCCUGCUCCUCUCUCACCUCCCUCCUCCCCUCUCAUCCCUACUCAGGCCCACCAGCUCCUCCCCUACUAUCCCCAUGGCCCCCAGGGUCAGUCAGCUUUUAGGCACUCAGGCACUGGACAGGGCCGCCUCCGUCACCUGCUCCAGUCACCUGGCAGGUCCCACUCAGCUCACACAGAGCCUUGCCCAGCACGUGGCCACAACCCCAACUGCAGCAGAAGGUCUCAGGAAGUCGAAGGCAGAGGAAAGGAUGGGACGGGGGGUGCGCCGCAUGGGGAGGAGCCUGGAGCUCCUUCUGCAUUUUCUUAGGAAGUGCUGUGGGGGCCACUGGAUUUUCUACAGUGCCAGGGAGCCCAUUAGAAGAUGUGAGAAGAUUCGGAAGCAGCAAUGUUUGCAGGGCCAAGAACAGCUGCAGUGCUCCCACACCAUGUGCCCGCUCCCACCGCUACCCGUGCCCUGUGCCUGCUCUCCACCCAGCCCUGCAAAUGCCUCGGCGUGUCAGCAAGUAUGGGCCUCCUACUACGUCAUUUUACAGAAGGGAAACUGAGGCACAAAGUACUUUACUGCCACCAAGAUCCGAAUGCAGACCUGGUCAAGCCUGUCUGUGAGCCAGAACCCUGCCGCCCCGGAAAAAACGAGGUGGAGUGGACUGUGUGGGGAGAGACAAGGGGAAGGGGAUGGAGGCUGGGGCAGGGUCAGCCGUUCCCCUCGGAGGGCUGGGUGUUACCCCAGUGGUGUCUGUGGGUUUGCAGAGGGCAUCACUGAGAUUUCCAACUUGACAGGGUGGUUCCAGGGCUCAUGCAGAAGCAUAAAGAGGUGAAAAUGGCUGGCAUAGCUAACAACUGGGGUUACCCUGCCCAGCGUGAUGUUGCAGCCUCUGGCCUGAACACUCUCCUGGCUCUUGGCCCAAGAUGAGCCUCCCCGAUGGAGGCGACACCGAAGCCAUCCCCCGCGCCCGCACCCAGCUUCUGGAGCCGCUGAAAUUGCAUGUCCCUGCCGUGGAAUCGACACUGCUGUUCAUCCCAUUUUGUGUAUGAGGAGACUGAGGCACAGGCCCACAGUUGCACGGCUGGGAAACCCCAGGCCACCUGGCUCAGGGCACUGGAACGUGUGACAACGCAUUUGAUCAGGGAGAGGCAGCACCAAAAACAGACACAAGGCUGAAGGGAAUGGCAGAGCUCCACAGGCAAUGAGGCUCCCGGGGUAUAAAGCAGGCAGUUUGAAAACAAAACCAGGAAAUGUCCGGCCAUCCCCGGGCCUGAGUUUCUGCCCGUGGGCAGCUGACGGACAAGCCCUCUGGUGUCAGCGGGUCAGACGGAGCCAGACACGGAGAUGGGGCUGAGAGCCGGAAGCAAGGGCUUUGUCUGAGAAGAGACAGGGGAGGUUCACAGGCCCCUGGGGGCCCGGGUCACAGAGCCUUUCCCCCAGCUCCAGCCUGUGCAGGGCCCCUCCCUGCCUGCCCAGAGCUGCUACCAGAUAGCAAGCUGGGGGGGAACUGCAGCCAGCAAUGAAGAGCGACCAUGUUUUGCAUGUGAAGACUGAAGUCAAUGAGAAAAGCACUCACCCCGCAGUAGGAAAGCGGGCAAAGAACUAGAAAGGCAAUUUACAAAAGGGUCUGAAGGUCCUCCCUGCCCUCAUCCGAUAAGACGGGCUUGGUGAACCACAGCCAGAGGGCCUCAUCCGGCCCCGCGGCCUGUUUUUGUAAAUAAAGUUUUAAUAACACGUAGCCUUGCUCACGGGUGAACACGCCGCCCUGGCUGCCCUUACGCCACCUUGGCAGUUGAGUCAUUGUGACAGAGACUGUGUGACCGACGAAGCCAGCACGAUUUACUAUCCGGCCCUUUAGAGAGAGGUGUGCCAGCCCUUGCUCUGAGUUUCCGUGAAGAGAUGCAAGACGCAGAAACAAGGCUCAAUGUGUGGUCUCCUGUGCUGGGGAAACCGAGGAGAAGUGGAAGUGUGAGCCGGUUCCCUGCUCCAGAAAUCACUCUGAGGACACGUAUCACGGGGAUUAAAAAACAUUCCUCCCCCUUGACCUCGUAAUCCUCCUUCCAGGAUUCUCUCCCUGAAGAGCAAACCGGAGUUAUGCACAAGCAGGCUAAUCACAGCCUUAUUUACAACAGCGAGACACUGGAGACAGCCUGCACCUUCGGCGUUCGCGGGACGUGGGUUCUGGUUCCGUGGGUUCUGGUUCCCCACGUUCGGGACAAUUUCGCAGCUUUCCGUUAUCCCGCGGCGGCCCGGGAAAAUGCCCCGUGUGCGGGGUUACUGGAGAUAAACCCGGUCCAGUUUGUGGGGUGGAGGUGGUGCCUAAAACAUCACCUUGCACAAAAGGCACGGAAACAUGUCCCCGGAGGGUAGGCUGACAGAUGUUUUUGAAACAGAUUUUUUCAUAUUUUUCAAAAUCUCUCCCACAAGUGGUUCUUAUCUUUACAGUAGGGAAAGAGUAAACAAUCUGUGGAGUGAAGAAGAGGAGAGGGGAGGGACAAGGGAGGGAGGGAGGCAGCAAGGGGACUUCCCUGCUGAGGAUGCCAGCCCUUCCGUAAUUCGUCUAUCCUUCCCAGGCUGCCAGGGGCCACAUGGGCCACUGUGCCCGGUGAAGCCUGGCCUCCCUGUCUGGUGCCAGCCGUGUGGGAAGGCAGGCGACCCGCACUGGGCUGUGUGAUGCAGGCCUGCCUCUUCCUCACCCGUCGUGCCCAGUGGCUGGGCACCAGGUAACCCGUCUGUGCUGCCCCCCGGAGCAGCUGGGCCAUGCCUGCUUUCCGAGGAGGCUGCAGCUCACCCUUCUCUAACGUGCUCAGCCCCCAACUCCCAUCUUCCACCUGCCCUGGGGGGAGUCCCCAUUCAUUCUCUCCAUGGGCAACCUCAGAGGCCCAGCUGCACCAGGAGUACAUUCAGGCUCAGGUUUCCCUUGAGGGGGGCCCCCACCUGCCCCUUCCCCACGCCUCUCCUGUGCCCUGGGAGAACAGCACGCUCCCAGAAACAGUGAGAGCCUGGCCUGUGUGCUGGCCCCAAAGACUCUCGAAGGCCUCUGCUCCUCCACUUUCAGGCCAGCCCAAGAGGGACGGCACCGCGGUGGCAUGGGGAGGGGUGACAGUGCGGGCGGGGCUCCUGGGGCUGGGGUGCAGCCCCUCUCCGCAGGCCCCACAGUCUGUGACCGCGCAGGGAGGGCACUGGGAGUCUCGGCUCUUUCGGAAGGCGCCAGCGUUUCCUUGUCACAGAAUGAAGUAAAGGGGACAAUGAGGGGGCAGUGUUUAAAUGGCUGCUUUAGCCCGUUUGGAAGUCUGCUAAUUAUUCUCUUGAGGAAAGAAAUGCAGGUUCAUUAUUAUAAUGAGCUUUGGGCAAAAUAUUUCAUCGAGCCUGACAAGCCGCAGCGACGCCUCGAGCGUGGCCGGCCCUGAAAGGCCUCUUAUUCUGCUGGGAGCUAAUUGGCCCGGGGUCUUCCCGGCCCUGUGCUGUUUGUGUGCUAUUUUAAUUCGCUUAUGAAAAGCCCCCGCUUUGAUGUCCAGGACCAGAUAAGGCCGGGAGGGGACCCUCCAUGGAGAGCUGGUCUGUGCCGCCCGGGUCGCUGUGCUGGGCCUCCUCGCCCCCCCACUCCGGGCCCGGGGCCAGCGCAAUGUCAUGAGGUAACUGCACAAACAGCCCUGCUGAAAAAUAUGCUUUUGUUUCACUAAUAAAUCCCUCCUCGGAACACUCCCGGGCUGGGCUCUCCUCGGGCCCAGCCUGCCGGGCCUUCCCGCCCAGCGCCUCCACAACCCGCGCCAGCACGGCCGGCUGUGGGCACGGGCAGGCGAGGGACACCCCCAACCCCUCCCGGGCCCCCCUUCCCUCAGCCUCCUCCCCGCCCACCCGAGCGGCCUGCCCUUCCCAUGCUGUCCUCCCUGGCUUCCACCUAACAGCCUGUCCCAACCUCUCUCUUCCCCUCUCCCCCAUCGCAAUCCUCUGGUGGCCAACUUCCCUGCCCCCCAUGCCUCCUGGCCCCCAGUCGAGUCACAUCUUGAGCCCCACCCCCACAAGCUCUGGCUGCGGCAGAGAAGACCAAGUUUGGGUGCUCUGCACAGCCCCCUGGAACCUCGGUUUCCACACCUGUAAGGAGGAGACAGGAACGCUCUCUCUGGGCGUGGGGCCAGCGGUACCUGGAGCCCUCCCCACUAAGCACUUGGCCCAGUGCCCGGCACGUGGCAAGUGGAGGCGCCUGCUCCCCGCCCCUCUCGUGGGCACCACUGUGGGCACGCUGUGGGCUGAUUUUUCCUGCCUGCUUCUAAGUGCCAGACCAAGAUCUAAUGCUGUCUGCCCAGGGCAUCAGGGGUGACCCCAUCUAGGCUGGCCCACCUUCCACCCCUCCCCCAGCACCCAUUCAAGCCCCUGCCAUAUCCCAGUGGAAGAUGCUGGAGGUGUUACAGGGAUGGGCUAGAACUCGGUCCUGGCAUCACAGAGCUGCCCCAGUCAAAAAUAUACCACGUAAUUACAGACCAGGAAAAUUACUGUGCAGGAACACAGCAGGGCACUGUGCCGGAGAGGAACAGGGGGGUCAGGGAAGACCUCCGAGGGAGGGGCCUCUGAAAAUAGCAUUCAGAGUUGCUAUUAAUAGGCUUCCAUGCAGAACUGAGCAGAGUAGAAAAUGAAAGAGGGCCAUAAUCUCUCCACAGAGAACUAUCAUUAAUUUUUAAAAUGGGAGUCCUUAGGUAGGUUAGUUGAUUGAGUGAUUGAUUGGCUGAUUGAUAAUCUUGGUUCUAUUGCAUUUCUAGAAAAUUCCAACCAUACAGAAAGGUCUGAAAUGAAAGAUAAAUACCUUUAUGACCACACCCCCUUUCCCUAGAAUACCCCUUGUUAUCCUGGAAAUCCCCAUCAUUAGUGUCAGGGUAGCAGCAUUCCAGAUACUUCUCUGCAUGUUGGAUAGAAAAAGGAUGGCUGGAUAGAUGGGCAGGUGAACGGAUGGACAGAUGGUUGUAUGGAGGGUUAGGGGAGGGAUAGAUGAAUGGAUAGAUGGAUAAUGAGUGGGUGGAUGGAUGAAUAGAUGGGUGGACAGAUGGAAGGAAGGAUAGAUACAAGGAUGCAUGGAAAGACAGAUGGAGAAACAGAUGCAGAGAUGGAUGGAUGGAUGGCCAGACAAUGGAUGUGUGAGUAAGUAGAUGAAUGAGUGGGCAGACAGACAGACACACCAUCAAAAACAAAUAUAAAUGGAAUCAAGGGAUAUCUGCAGAUUUUGAAUUGUUCACUUUUUUUAAGAGACGAAACCAGAGUAAAACAGAAGUAAUCGCCGGAUUCAGGUAAAUGCUUCUUCACCAAAAGAGAAAUUCAUUUCUAAAUGUCACUUUCAGGUUGAGAAAAACAAAUGUGGGAAGCUGGAGUCCUUGUGGGUUUUGCAGUCUUUUCUCGGCUUGGUGUGGUACCCGGUGACACUGCAGCCCCGCCCCUCCCCACCUCCUUGUGAGACGCGUGUUCACUGUGGGUUGUUACUGUGAUGUUGGUCCUGGUUUACGACACUUGUGGGCAGUUCAGAGGCUCUGCUUCCCUCUGUCCAUUCAUCUUGGUUCUGUGUGAAGGUGGCAAUGGGCUCCCUGUGGUCCCCUCACCACAGACGCCUCUUCCUCAGUUCUUCUUCCAUUCCAGUUGGACUCAUCUCCUGACUGGUUAGAUUUGUGCCUCAGUUGCUGACUCCAGAGGGCCCCGUGGCUCGUGCCUGCUUCCCUGCUAUCCUCCUGCGCGCUGUUGGCAUUCAUCAUCUCCACCACAUGCUCACCACUCCAGGCCAGUGUCCUUCUCUCACGUCCCCUUUUGUUCUGGCCAUGUUUUCCUGACCCCUUCCCUCUCUUGCUCUGAUUGAUGUGUUUUCCUCCCGACCCCUCCUGCCUUGUAUCAUUCUACAACUGACCUUUUUUAUGGCUAUACUCUAGAUUGGGUUUACUGUUCCCUGGUACUCAGGUCUUCUUAAUGCUCAUUUCUUCAGUUUUCUCGGGAAACCUCAGGGGCCUCCCUGAUAAGGACUGUGUGGAAGGGAAGCAUUCAGAGUUCUUACAUGGUGAAAAUAUAUUCAUUCAGUCAUGAUGCCCUAUUGCUAGUUUAACUGGGUAUAGAAUUUGAAGCUGAAUAUAAUUUUCCUUCAGAAUUUUAAAGACCUUGUCCUAUGGUUUGCUAGCAUCCAGACUUGCUAUUGAGAUUUGAAUUAUACUUGCUUUAUCCUCAUACCUUUGUAAGUGGCCUUGCUUUUCUUUCUGGAAAUUUUUAGUAUCUACCAUCUGGACUCAGGAGUCUGAAUUUCCCAGUGACGUUCCCAACUUUGUUCAUGAACUGCUCUGGGCACUUGGUGGGCCCUUGGGAAACUGUAGUCCUUGAGCUCUGGAAAGAUCUCUGUGAUUUCUGAUCAUGUAUGCCACCAUCUCUGUUCUCUCUUUCUGAAAUCCCUUUUAAGUCAGAUUGAAGACAUUUUUAAUGAAACUUUGAUGUCUCAACUUUCUUCUCUUUUUUUAUGGCAGUAUAUUCUUAACUUUAUCUCUUGAGAGUUCUAGGAAAUGUUUUUAGCAAUCCCGUCUUAAUAACCCAGAGCACACGCUUGCUCUCUGGCCGAGCUCAUGGCACUCCACCCUUGUGUGAUGGGUACAACAGCUCCUGGGAUCUUUUUGGAGACUCCAGAUACAUCUUACAUCUGAAGUUCUGCCUAAUUCCUUGAUCUUCUGUUUAUGUUUGGCCAGCCAGGCCCCUCUCUCUCAUGUUCUGAAUGUUUUUCAAUGUUUGCUUGGGAUCUGUGCACGGAUGGGCCUGCUGGCAUUUAGGAUGUGUUGACAACGACUGGGGGAGGUGCCUGUCAUUACACUGAAGAACCCCAUCUGUCAGAGCUCCAAGGCCACUGCUUCUGAGAGCUUGGACUCGAGGUACAGGGCUGGCAGCUGGCAGUCCCACCUGGUAGGAUGCUCUGGUGUGGCAGAGGGACAGGACAAGGACCCCAUGCUCAGCCCUUUCCCAUCCUCUUGGUGCUGCGGACCUGUGUGCGCCUCCACAAGGACUUCUGCCUUCCCAGCAUGGCAUUCAGAGCAACAGAUGGCCGGGCCUCGCCCCCACCCUGUCUUGGCACCCUUAUAGCCCCGGUGAGACCAGGGUGGGCACAGACCCUAGCACUCCUUCACCUCCAGGCUGUGAAGCUCAGUGAUGUUGUGCCCUGUCUGGAACCUGUCAUACCCCUGUACAGCUAACAGGAUCCAAAGGGAGCCUCCCCCAGGAAGCCCCCCGUGGGAAUCAGUCCCGCGGCCCUUGUCCGGCCUCCCUGGCUCAUUGUCCCUGUUACAACCCAGAUUUCCCAUAUCGCAUCCGGUCCUAGCCUGUGACCUCCUGGGGUGGGGAAUCAUCUCUGCAAACACAGCUCCUCGGCCCUUAUCAGUGCUGUGUGAAGGCAGCAGCAUGUUCUCCUGAGCCAGUGUUGGGGCCUGUUGAGCAAUGCCUGCAAAGUCCACGGGCCUGGAUGCAUGAGGCUGUGCCUGUGUCUGUGCCGCUAGAGACCUUCUUGAGAUCCACUGCCCUAAAGGCCUCAUGGGGGGACAGAAGGGAAAAGGGAAACACAGGGGCCCCCUUGGUCUGACUUAAGCUCCUGUUAAGCGGAGGGGUGGCUGGCAGUCCCCGAGUGGUUGUCUUCCUUCUGGGCUGUGGUCUAGGGCUGCACGUUCAGGUUGGGCGUAUCCCAGUGGGUGAGGUGCCACGAGGGUCAGCAGACCCCUGGCUAGAGGUCAGCAUGGUGGGCCCAUAGGAGAAGAUAUAGCAGUGGGCCUCGGAGCUGAGCAACUGUGGCUGGGACGGGUGGAGACCACCAAGGAGGUGGGGCUGGCGUAAAGCCCCGCUUUCUACAGGCUCAGGCCCGGAAGAUGGUGCGCAGGGAGCAACGCAUUCCCAUUCUACAGUUUCCUGAGUUCCCAAGUGCCUGCCGUGGGUGACACUGAGAAAGUCCUCACAGGGGCAUGCUCAGGCCCUGCCCCGGGCAGACCCACACCCUGGCACACAGCCUUACCGGCUGUGCCGCCUCUCGCUCCUAUCCUCCUGGCACUGCUGGCUGCCCCUCAGCCCAGCCCUCAUGGCUCUCUAAGCCGCCCCCUCCUCAGGAAACCCCCCCAGGGACCCAUGCUCCCUGCUCUGACCCCCAGCCCCCAGCUUUGGCCAUGCACCCCCAGAUGGCUGAUCCCCACACAAACUUUCUGUUUCAAGGAACAAAAGCACCCCUGAAACUUGUCGAAGGAGGAAAUGUGUCAGCUCACAUUACCGAAAAGCCUGAGUCCCUCCUCGAAGUCCUCCCCUCCCUCCUCCUCUCUCCUUCCUUGUUCCCCCUUCCCUCUUUCCCUCCCUCUCUGCUUCCUUCUCUCCUUCCUCCCUUCCUCCCUGAGACCUGGGACGCAGAGGAGCAUUCCAUUCCCUUCCCCACCCUGGCAGUGCUUGGGGGCUCUGGUUGAAAAUGAUUGGGGGCACGUUUGCAUCACAGACUGCCCGGCCAGCUCUGUGGCCCCUGAUCUUCCUACUGCAGUCUCUGCCAGGGCCGGAAGGGCAUUUCCGGCAGGCGGGAACAGCAGCGCAUGAAGGCAGAGCUCCUUCCCGGAGAGGAGGCCCAGCCCCGUCCCCAGGGGCUCCCGGCUUUCUCUCUCCCCCUACAUUCCUGUCUCCAUGCAGCAGCCAGAGGGACUCUAAAACAUAAACCAGACCACAGCUCUGUCUGCUCAAGCCCCCCAUGGCCUCCCUCUUCCCUCGGAAGCCGUCCAGGCACCCUUCCAUGGCCGUGGUCCCCACGCCCCAGGGCCCCAUGCCUGCCCCUACAACAUCCCCUUCCUGACUCUACCCAGCCCCCGUGGCGCUUCCACCUCAAGGCCUCUGUGCCCAUGUGAGUGGCAUCCUGGGGUUGUGCCAUGGCCAGCCCUCAAGCCACCUGAGGUCUGCUGUUGGCACCUGCCCUCUACUGACUGCAAAGGUGCCCCCUCACAGCCUCAGGUCUCUGCCCCAGCCUCCAACCCCUCAUUCCUGCCCCAGCCCGUGCCUGUGCCUGGAGGCUGUGGCCUGGCUCUCCAGCUGGAACAGAAGCUCUGAGAACACAGGGCUGGCCAGCACCAUCUCACCUGUGAGAACCCUGUACCUAGGAUGGAGCCUGGCACAGAGGAACUACCCGACAGGCUGUCAGCCCUUGUCUUCACCUUGGCACCCCAAGUCACCUGUCAAACUGAGGGGCUGGCAGAGCUGGAGGGAGUUCCACCUCAGCCCCGAGGCGCCUGGAGCUGCUUUUGGGGGUCACUGAUGGCCUCAGGAUGCCAGCAGGCCUUCUGAUGCCCAGGACUCAUUCAAGGACAUCUGCCCUGUGUCCCCAUGCACCUCUGUUCAGGAAACCUGGGCUGCCCACUCUCUCAGAGGUGGAGACCUGCACCUCUUUUCUGCCCCCAAACCCACCCACUUUCAGUGCUUGCAGCAAAUGUCCCUCCCCCACCGUAUUUUUAUGACUCGGGCCCCCCCCCAAGCCCCUAGCCUGGUCACCAAGCUCUGACAACACCUCCAGCCCCUGUCUCCAUGAUCCCCUCUGUGAUCUGGAGCCAUUCAGCCACAUGGAGUGUGUCCUCUGUCGAGGGGGCAGGGACCUAAAGGAUGAGAGAAGGAACAGAGGGAGGACCAGCAUCUCGGCUGAUCCUGGUCUAUUUUUAGCCGGUGGUGGGCUGUCACUUCAGAGGCCAGUGACUGCGUCAUCAGUGCCUUUUGAUCUUCUCAUUGUUGCUACAAGAUACACAGGAGGCAGCUGCUCAUGCUUGUGGAAAGAAUGAAGGCGGGCACACAGGCCUGGCAUGUGGAGAGGAUGAAUGAGUGCAAGCGAGUGGUGGAUGAAUAGGUUAACGGAUGGGGAGCUGGAGGGAGAGAGUGUUGCAGAAAGGGAUGCACGGAUGGAUGGAUGGUUGAUGUACGAAUGAUUGGAUGGAUGAAGAGAUGGAUGAAUAGAUAGAGGUGGAUGAUUGGAGAGAUGAAGGA